CCGUUAAGGUUGUACAUUUUAUAAUCUUUGUGUCUCGCAAAUGUUAACUUCCGGGUAUUAUUUUUAUUUCAUAUGACAGUUAAAAACACUCAGCAAUGGCUGAAGGGGGACAUACGAGUGAUUCUGUAUCAGGACUACAAGAUUGUAAAGAUACGUGUUCUAUUUGUUUGGAGUUAAUUCGGGAACCUCGAUUCCUUCCCUGUGAACACAGGUUUUGUGCUUCGUGUUUGAUCGGAUACAUAGAUAAAUGUUUCACAUCAGGGAAUUCGGACGUUAUUCCAUGUCCACUUUGUAGAGCUGAAAUACACGUAUCAAAUUAUACUAAGGCAAAGUCAAGUGAGGUAGAUGAUAUAUCGAAAUUAGAUCUACUUUCGUUUUCCAAUGUAACUAGUGAAAACGAAAGUAGGCGUGUUAUUGAUGACAUAUGUCAGCCUUGUAAACGGGGUAACGAAAAUGUAAAAGCAACCCAUUUUUGUUCAGAAUGUAGCGAAUGUAUUUGUAGCGUCUGUGUCACACACCAUUCGAGAAAUAAGUGGACCUGCAACCACACGGUGACGACUAUCAAUGUUGAAGGUAAACCGAAACAAGACGAUGUGGGGUGUGAUUUUCCAACCAGAUGUGAACUACAUCACAAGAAACAAUUCAAGUAUAUCUGCAUUUAUCAUAAUAUACUAUGCUGCAGUAAAUGUGUAAUAGAAGGUGGUCAUAGGGCAUGCAGUGACGUCAAAUCAUUAACAGAAUUUGGAAAAAGUGACGAGUAUGAGAAAUUGUUGCAAAAGGUGAAGAAUUUCACUUGUAGAGUUAUUAAAGAUUGUGAAAUAUUAAAACAGGAGCAACUCAAAUGUAAAUCUAAUAUGGCUGACAUAAGAACAUGUGUAAUAAAAUCGACCGAUGAGCUAGAGAAAGAAAUGAUGAAAGUUUUAUCAAAAGGAUUUAAUAUGCAGCGAGCGCCUAUUUUAGAAACAAUAAAUGUAUUCAACGAGAAAGCAUCAACAGCUGUCCAACAAUUUGAUGAAAUCGAGACAAGAACACGUUACAAUGCUAUGUGUUUGAAUCAAGUUGAAAAAAGAAAUAAUGUAAGCAUUAAUAUGGCUGUGAUAUGUGAAAUACAAAGGCGCAUUGACUCUGAAGAAAAAAUAGUUAAAGAUAUAACUACAACCUUGGUCAACAGCCCUCCGAAUAUUAAAAUUGAUUUAGAACCAGUUACCACGCAGUUAAGUGAAACAUUACAUGAUGUUUGUCUUCGACUGAGUUCUGAAAAAUGUACCCUUGUAUGUCCUUGGAGACUACGAAGACCUAUUAUCAGGAAAAGGAUUCAUAAGAAGGAAACAAUAAAUGACAUGGUCUUUCUUCAUAAUGGAAACGUGGUUAUUGCCGACAAAAGUACUUCCCUGGUUAUGCUUGAAUCAAGUCUAAUUAACAUCACAAAAGUUGAAAUACCAUCACAAGCGACUAGUGUAGCAGAAUAUUACCAUAAUAACGUUGUAGUGUCUUUACCCGCAACAAAAAGUUUGGCUUUUGUUAAAUUUAGUGGAAACGGUGAUAAUGUUGAAAUAAUGGAGAUUGAAAAAGUUGUGACCUGUCUCGCUUCUUGUGAUGUAAAUGACAACCGGAUGGUUUUUGUAUAUGACCAAGAGAAUCAUGAAAUAAGUCACCAAGUCGUGCAGUCAUCUUUAAGUAAAGAGUUUAAAACGUUUGCAUUCAAUUUGCCUCAUGUUUACAAAAUGUGUGUCGAUGACAAAGCCCUCAUGGUGUAUGUUUCGCAGCCGAAAUUGAACAGAUUACUUGGUAUAGACUUCGAAGGAACGCGGAAGUUUGCGUUCACGCACCAACAGCUUCAUGUACCUUUCGGAAUGCAUCUAGCCCAGACAAACAAGUUGUAUGUGUGUUGCUAUGGAACACAACAGAUAAAUGAAUUAUCUUUAUCUACAAGAAGAUUUAUAUGUGUUGCUGGCAGUUCCGAAGGCAUUAAAGGUCCUAUUAUUUUGACCAUCGACAAAUCGUUAACAAGAUGUUUGGUGUAUGACUGUGAUAAGUCGAAAGAACUCAAGUUAUACGAUUUGUAAACAGGUGAUACACAACUAAAGCUUAAUAGGACAACAUUUAACUCAUUAAGGCAUGCAUAAUAAAAAACACACGUCUCUCAGUUGCUUAUAAGCAACCCGAAAACUUAAAUACCUUUCGAGGCGGCGCUAUCCAGUAUCACUUCUCGGGCCAUUCAUCAUUGAUUGCGGACAGAGGAGAGAACUACACAUGAUGUGCAUUACGUUUUCUGAAGUUUAUAUAGAUUACUCGCCCAUUAGGAAUAUUGUUUAAAAUUAUAGACUGGGUAAAAUUCAUUUGUUCGAAAUAAGACUAUGUGACGUCACAUUAGGCUAUACAAGUACGUGGGGUAUAAUGAACUAAGAUACAUGUAUUUUGCAGUCUUACUUUUCAUUUAGGAGUUUCAUUUGUUAAGGAGCAAUAACCAUAUUUUGUUUUGGUCAAAAUCUAGCUUAUAUUUUAGCUGAGAUUGUUUAGCAAUGAUUUGACUGUGAAUUCAGUAAGCUUGAUUUAAAAACUAUAAUAUAUUUGUACAUAAUUAUAACCAAACACAAUAAUGAUCACCACUUGUAACAGAGAUAAUUAAUAGAUAUUAAGAUAUGAUAACCUUAACAUGUACAUAAUUUCAUUGUCGAAACUGAUACAGUAUUAAUUUUUAAUCUCUAUCAUUCAAGUAGGUAACUACACUUGUUCGGUUCUACCGUAUAUUGUAUAAUUAUUAUGACCUAAUAGAACGCUCAUUAAGAUAUUCGAUCCAAUUUCGAUCAUGUCAGUGUAAUUUCAUGAAUUAAUUUUGAAUAUACAACUAAUGUUUUGAAAAUUCGCAACAGCUUAAACAGAGCGAAAAUGGUAUGUGAACGUGUCCCAUUUGACAGUUUGCGUAAAUGAAGUUCUCAGAAGGCAAGUGCCAAAUAUGGCAGAGGUUGUCUGUUGGUUCAAACCUCACUCUUGGUAGUUUUUGUUAACUUUGUAACAGUUGCUUUUUGUGUGUUUUUGCUGUUGUUGUUGUUUUGUUGUUUUGUUUAGGUUUUUUUUACCUCGCUUUCGAUAUUGAAGUAUAUUGUAAUAGAAUUGUUUGUUAACAUUUUUGUCUGUUUGGGCUAUUAUGAGUAAAAGAAACAUGCUUUUAUCUGUUAAAGUAAACAAUGAUUAAACAGAUACAAAAUAUAAUCUUAAAUUAACAUUGUAUAUUAUCUAUUUAUUUUUUUUAAUUGCAUAAAAAUGAUAAUAAUUAUAACAAUAAACUUUAAGUGAC